AUGAGUGAUUCACGUGUGACCAGUGGCAAACGUAUUACUUCCAAAACGGACAGCGGCAACCGCAGUAGCAGCAGUACAAAUCUAAAAGAUUCCACAAAAUCGAAAACAUCAUCAGCUCAACAAGAUGCCGAUAAGGCCGAUACAGAGAAUACAAAACUAAUUGAAACCACCACAAAUGAGCCCUACAAAGAAUCAACACCAACAUCCUCCUCCUGUUCACAGUCACAAGUCGCAACAAACGAUUUCCAUAUUGGUGUACACCUUUUUACAAGUUUUCAUCAGAUCUGUGUGGUAACAGCCCUCUUGCCCCUGGCAACAUUAUUUACAUGCUUCGUUACAGCCUAUGUCUUCCAAUAUGAUGACGUACAUGAGACACAUUGUCGCGUUUACAAUAUUGUACCCUCAAUAAGUGCAAUUACCGGUGUUAGUCCUCAACGUUAUUUUUGGCGUUUUAGCAUUGCCUUACAUCUGGGUCCACGUAUACCCAUAGCGUUCAUGUACAAGAACUAUUAUCGCAGUAUGUUGGCCAAACUGCAAAAGGAACGACCCGAAAAGGUGGGCAAAUUGGGUGGACUGGUGACACUAAUAUGGAUAUUGAAUUGCAUUGAGAUAGCAUCGUUGGGCGGUGUCACCUAUGUAUCGAAUCGGGAGAAUUAUCCUGUUCAUGAGCGGAUUUUCAUUACAUUUAUGGUAUGUUCGCUGUGCCAUAUGUUGGCCACCAUUAAAUUGAAUGGCGCCAUCCAUGAAGACCACACUGAACUAUCACAAAAACAGCGGGACUCAAUCAAGUGGAAGAAAAUCCUGUUUGCAAUGUCGAUUCUAAGUACCAUUGGCCUGUUGAUAUUCUUUGCCAAGCAUCGUUUCUAUUGUCACGUUUUGGCCUUCAGUUGGUUUGCCUUCUUCGAAUAUCUGAUUGCCAUUGCGAAUAUGUUUUUCCACUUUACAAUUAUUUGGGAUUUCUCAUCAUUGCACAUGUUAAUUGUGGAUGCACCCAGGGCCAAAUUGCAGGAGCUCCUACGUAAGCCAGCACUGAAAAUGGAAUAA